AUGAACAGCGGCCCCAGCAGACAGACGAUUAACGCCCGGCAGCCGAGGAAGCGCUACCACGAAGAGAUUUCCGGGCCCCAUUCUGAUGGCGAAAGCCAGGCGCCCCGGAGUCGUCGCGGAGAGUCGUCAAGCUCUGUAGAUACACCCGGUGCUCUCAGCACCAGCACCAGCACCAGCACCAGCAGCAACAACGGCGUUAACCGCUCCCGUCCCCGCCUGCCACCGCUUCCGCCGUUUCCUCGCGCAAGAUAUCCAGGCGACGGGUUUGAUUUCCGCAGGCCCGUCAUGUCGACCGGCGUGCCAACCCGAUCACAGACGCUUCGGCCUUCCCUGCAAGAAGAUGUUAUCGAUUUAACCCAGGACUCGGACACAAUAUUACAGCCUGCCCUAACGCCGGGGGCGCAAGAAGUAGAACCUGUGCUGAAUAGAGCAACACGCGGUCCUCGGUUCGGACGAAAUAUCAUGGUUGAUGUAGUGGAUUUGGAAGACGACAGUGCGUCUGAGCACCAGCCGCAAGAGCACCAGCAGCACCAGCGACAUCGACAACGACACCAGCCACGGCAACCAUCGAGCCCGGAGGUACAAUUCCUUGGAUCGUUAGUGAGGUCAGGCGCAUCACAGACAACAGACCGGAGCGGUAGCAAUACUCCGCAGUCGCUGUUUGCAAGACGCUCUAAUAUAUCGACCAUGUUCAGAGGGUUACAGCGGCCACCUCUAAACCGGGACGAAGCAUUACGCCGUGAACUGUCCGUACGCACAAGAGGCAUGUGGGCCGGUCGACCACCAAGCCCUGUAUUUCCAGUUUUAGAAUGGUUCUCUAACAGCAUAGACCUGACUUCGGAACUCGAUCCCUUUGCCAUCCAGCUGGAUUAUAGCACAACGGGAUUUGUUGGCGGCGGCAGUGCUCCUAGAACAGAACCUUCGUAUGAGCCACCCCCGCCGCCUCCUGAUGGAUUCACAAGGACAGUCACAGAGGAUAAGGAAGCUGUCUGUCCAAAUUGUGAGCGUGAGCUCGGGACUGGGGAUGAGCUCGGGAAACAGAUAUGGGUUUCCAGGGCCUGCGGACAUGUUUACUGUGGUACAUGUGCCAAAAAUAGAGCUGCCUCGUCUCGAGCAAAGAAGCCUGACCCACCCCCGGAUACAAAAACCAAACCGUUUGCGAAAUGCGUUGUCGCUGACUGCGGAAAAUCCGUCAGCCAGCCCAAGGCAAUGUUACAAAUUUAUCUUUAG